UGCUUGUAGUAGCUUGUCUCUUGUGUUUUACACCAACCUACUCUUUCACUGUUGGAUGUCAAACGGCGUUGUGCAUCCGCCGCAACCGCUGCCGGAACCUCGUCCAAAGCAAUUAGAGUGAAUACCAGACUCCGCGACGCUUAGAGAAAAGAUGGACCAUCCAGUCUAUCACGGGAAUAUCAACAGGCAGCGCGGGGAAAAGCUGCUGAGCAAAAGCGGCAAGGACGGCAGCUACUUGAUAAGGGACAGCGAGUCCAUGCCGGGCGUCUACUGCCUGUGUGUUCUGUGCUCUGGAUUAGUUUAUACAUACCGUGUUUUUAAGACUCCGACAGAUUCAUGGACUGUUGAAACGGCACCUGGAGUCAAUCGGAGGUUGUUUCGUAAGGUGAAGAACUUAAUUUCUGCCUACCAAAAGGAAGAUCAAGGCUUAGCAAUACCCUUAUUAUACCCAGUGUACAAGCAAAAAGAUAAGGAUGAAGAUUAUCAGAUGAUGCACCCUACUGAAUGAUGCCCAAAUUUUUACAUUGUCAACCGGAAUUUCGACUGAAUUUGCCAGUAGUGUUUGCAAUCAAAAUACAUUGUAGCAGUCAGCUUAGAUACACUUUCAUUGAUCUUUGACAUUUUCCGCUAUUGAACGUUCAAAAUAUCGCAUUUUUGUUUCGGUUAAAUUUGUAGCCCAGCUAAUUUGUAAUUCAAACCUUUCCAAAAUAAGUUUGAAGCAUGUAUUUGUCCUCCGUCAGUAGUUUAUAAAAUUGAGGAUUCCUAGUAUUUUGUUAUUUAUUUAUUUUGCCUUCAAACUUGUUAGAGAAGGGAUUUCUGUAUAUUUAAUGUUGUUCCAAGACAACUACUGUAGUUUGGUAGUAAACACCAAAAUCUGUAUUUAAAAAAAAUGAUUGACAUGUGUCUUUUUUUGGGAAACAUUAUGCUGUGCAAUUUGGGAAUCUUAAAAUCUUAUCAAGUAUUCAGCAGGUCAUUUGGCAUAUGUGGAAAAAGAAACAGGUUUAACAUUUCAUGUUAAUUAUCUUUCAUUGAAUUUGCAAUAGCUAUGUAAGGGCAGAAUGUACACAGGAAAAUGCAUUGGGAUUAUUGACAAAUGACCUACAUUCUGGUGCAAGCUGCACACAGAAUUAAUGGAAACUAAUUGUUCUGGUUAUUCCCUGAGAGCACCAACAAAAUGCUCGGUUUGCAACAUACUGCUGUAGUUAGGAGGUCAUCAGUGCUCCUACUUGUGAAGAGUGAACUUUGUCAAUUGUCCUUUUCUGGAGAGCAGCAGGCUGGAAGAACAAAUGGAAUAACCAUAUCUGUGGAUUUGCCAAUAGAGCAGAGUGCAUUCUUUUGAAGGAUUAAAUCAGCACUUUUUGCCGACUCAGUCAGCAUAGACUAACUUGUAACUCAUUCAGCCCAGUUCUGCCAAAUCAUAUAUAUGUAUGCAAGUAUUUGAAUUUUUGAAUCGAAGUUUCCAAGUGUGUCUAGGUCUGUUGGAGUGAGCAUGCAGUGAUUGGUAGUGUGAUGUGGGAGAGCUGUUUCUCGUACAUAUCUGACAUGCAUGCAAAUGAAUGAGUGUUAACUGAACUUAGGGUUCUCCAUGUGGGUUAAAUGCACGUGAUCAUUUGCAUAACUGGGAUCCCAUUUUGCAACAAAUGGUGGCCAAUCAGCAUUGUCCACUGAUUAAUGUAUAUGCAGGUAUGACAUAUGCUACUAGCUUGGCCAUCCAAAAUCACAGAUGACUCUCACCAUAAAUGUAUGUCGGUACAUUGUUCAGGAAAAUGGAAGCAAAUUAGCUUCAGCAAUGUAAUCCCAAAGAUAUUGAAAUUAUGAAACUGCUUUUGUGGUAAAUUAGUUCAAUUACAAGGAAGUAGAUGAAAGAAAAAAGCAGAAAGUUAGCUGUGGGGCAGAAGGUAGGGGAGAUUAACUGAUGAAAAUUGCUGAGCAAAGGACUUGUUCUUGCCUCUCUGUCCCACUUUUCUUUCUCUUAAAACUUAUAAUUAAUUAUACAAAUAUGUUCAAAAUGGGAGUAGCUGUGGAUGCUGAGGAACAUUAUUGCAGUAGUUGAGCAAAAUUUGAGAUUACAUUUCUACCUUGCUCUUAAAAAGCUAUCCCAGUUUCAAUGAAUUAUCAUUUAUGUGAAAUGCUACUCCUGUUCCACAUGUGCUACUAAUUUGCUGAGUAUUGGUAGCAUUUCAUAUUUUAUACAAGAACACAUUUUUUGCAGGGUGAUUAUAGUAUUACUGUGAGAAGUAGCACUCAGUGCGAAGAUAAACUUUCACUCAAUAUAUGGCAAAGAAAAAGCAUUUCAGGAUAUAUAUUGUAUACGUUUCUCUGACAUUAAAUGUACCUUAGAAACCUUUGAAACCUUGAAUUUAAGAAAUUAAAGGUUGUCUUGAUUUCCGUGUCCAGGGUUCUAAUGACAUUCCUCUAAGGUUAUGACAACUCCUAGACUUAGUGAAGAGUCAAUCUCUCUCAAUUAUUUUAUGUGGGUGCAUCUCAUCAAAUGUCACACACACGGACAGGACAUGAGUUAGAUUUCUGUGGCCUUAUGUGGUCACACAGGAAUUGAGGUGAAUACAUGGAAGACAAAUUAGGACUGCAUCAUGAGCUAAAGCAACCUGCCAAUAUCAACCUUGCAGUUUUCCACAAUGAUUUUGCCUCAAAUUUCAUUGAGAAACAUUGCUAACUAGAGAGAAAAAUAUUUAAUACAUCUAAUAACCAACAAAAAUGUCAUUAGUCAUGGGGUUGCUUCAGGUACUUAUGACUAAGUAUCUUGUAUAUUAACGUAAGGAAUUCUGAGAAAUGACAAUACAGUACAUAGUUAGAAAGCUAUGAGACCUUUGGGAUAUCUGCUCACUGAAACAUCUGAAAUUUAGUUUUUGUCAUAUGCACCACCAUUUCAUAAUAUUGUUGUAACUGAUUCUAAAUCUUUACUUGCAUAAAACUUGAGUGAUCUAGCAAUAAUCAAGUUCCCUUCAAACUUUCUUUAUUAUUAGUGAUAGGUUUUAGCCCAAAAUGUCAAGUUUGAUGAAACAUAUAUUUUUAUUUUGUUUAAUGCAUCAGAUUACUUGGCUGGACAUAUUUUGCUCUUCAUGUCAUCUGUAGCAAAAUAAUUAUGGUUUCAAAGUUUUCUGAAAUCUGUUUGAAAAAUAACUAACUUCAGAAGAAUCACAAGUGAAAUUGACGUUACUUUGGAUUUGUACUUUUAGUUUUCCUCUGUUAUCUCCUAAAGUCACACUUGGCAUCCAGUUCUAUGGAUGGCAGCAGCAACUCUAAUAAAAUAUUUUACUCAUUUUGCCAGGUCUUUAACUACUUAGAUGAUAUAAAUGAGCUCAAUCAUUCUCAUGUCUAGCAGUUAUUGGAUAAUAAUUCUGACUGUGAACCUUGGCUGGUUUAAUCGGCCUCAUUCUCCAACGUGGAAAGUUCAGAGCACUUUUAACAGGCUAAUCUCUGUCCUGAUUGAGAUCAAUGAGAAAAAAAUGCACUGAAACCUUCUGUCUCACAUAACCUGGGUUUGCCUUUAUUCAUUGGCUAUCUUGUACUUUAGGACCUAAACAAUAGUUCGUUGCAUAGUUAUGUGAUUAUUGUUGUUAAAAUCAGUAAGGAAAUACAUUCCAUUGGACUGGUUACAUACAGUGUAUUCAUUUUUAUAUCAUGGAUUUUAUUAAGUAAUGGAUGAUAAGUAUUUUUUG